CAGUCAGUCAGUCCUACUUGUUGCCCUUCAUCGCCUGCAGUUGGACGGUGGGGGAAGCAAACAAUGGGGUUUCAGAUGCUGAAACAACCCAUAUGCACCUUUUUCGCAUUCAGCUCGAGAAAUAGCAGCUUUAAUUCCUUCUCCAAAUCCAAAGUAGUUCCUCGGUUUCCCGGUAAAUUGAUGGGAAUAAAGGUUUCCAUGUCUCAGGGUUUUGCUUCUGCAACAUCGGCAAAGGGUCAGAAGAAGAAGAAGAGACUAGAUGAAAUAUGCGUCGAGAGAUACCAACAAUAUAGUCGAACAUUUAUACAAUCGUGGAUUCUGCAAGGGAAGGUGCUCGUAGAUGGUAAAGUUGUAAACAAAGCAGGAACCCCAAUCCCUGACAAAGCUACUGUGGAGAUUAUAGCUGAAGUCCCAAAAUAUGUAUGUAGAGGUGGACAUAAGUUAGAAGCUGCUAUUGAGCAACUGGGGGUGGAUGUAGUUGGAAAGGUAGCUCUAGACUCUGGCUUGUCAACAGGAGGGUUUACAGAUUGCUUACUGCAGUAUGGUGCUGCUUUUAUUUAUGGAGUUGAUGUAGGAUAUGGCCAGGUUGCUGACAAAAUCCGCAAGGAUCAACGUGUAAGUGUUAUAGAGAGGACAAACCUGAGAUACCUAUCUGAACUCCCACAAAAGGUUGAUUUGGUGACUUUGGAUCUCUCCUUUAUUUCAAUACUUCUGGUCAUGCCAUCUGUGGUCAAUUUGAUGAAGGAAGAAGCGUCACUAGUUACUUUGAUUAAACCUCAGUUUGAGGCGCGAAGAUCCCAAGUUGGGGGUGGCGGAAUAGUAAGGGAUCCAUUGGUCCAUCAAGAGGUCGUAGAGAAGAUCAUAAGUGGAGUGAAAGAUUAUGGCUUCCACUGCAAAGGCUGGAUUGAAUCCCCGUUGAAAGGGGCUGAAGGAAAUACAGAAUUCCUGGCUUACUUCUGCAAGACAGCCAUGGAAACAGAAACCAAGCUGGAGCAAGUGUAAAUUGAUUUUAAUGAUUAGUGAAAACUUAUCAUGGCUUCCUUUUAUUCAUUUCAACAUGAUUUGUUGGGAAGAAAAACAAUUCAUUUCUCCUAAUUCCAAAACCUAUUUUUAUGCACCCCAAGUUCUUCCCAUUUUUCGAG